CACCUCACACUUCCUCCUUCGCUUGGUUGGACGACACACCACGUCCCACCAGCCCCUGGACUGUGGUGUCCAGUGCACAUCUGGCCACCAUGGGGGCCCAGGAGCCCUCCUCGCGCCUUCUGUUCCUGCCUGUCCUCCUGACUGUGGGAGGAUUAAGUCCCGUCCACGCCCAGAGUGACGCUUUCCCCAGAUGCGAAUGUUCUUCCCUGAGCCCGGGUGUACUGGCGGGGAUCGUGCUGGGCGACUUGGUGCUGACACUGCUUAUUGCCCUGGCCGUGUACUCUCUGGGCCGCCUGGUCUCUCGAGGCCGAGGGACCACAGACGGGACCCGGAAACAACACAUUGCUGAGACCGAGUCACCUUAUCAGGAGCUUCAGGGUCAGAGGCCAGAAGUGUACAGUGAUCUCAACACACAGAGGCAGUAUUACAGAUGAGCCCACCCAGUGCCCAUCAGCAACCGGAUACCUGAAUCCAGUCAUGCCAGAUGCCUACUCAACAAGCCGUCCCUGGGACCGUCCCUGGGAUCGGGACUCCCGCUGGAAUAUAGAGCCACACGGGGCCUCCCCGAGAUAUCUGACCUUGUACCAUUUCCAUCCCCAAAUAAAAGAUGGAACAAAAACAA